UCGGUUGAAUACUUAAAGCGACCAUGUGGAUUUGUAAAAUAGUUAUAUAUUCCCUACUCUUCGGACUCGUUGCGGCUCAGACCUGUGAGGUUACGAGUAGAAGGCGUGUUAAUAACAUUACCACGAUUGUCAAAAAUAAGGUUUGCUGUAAGGGAUAUAGGAAAGUAAUUAGCGCUGCACUCAGAUGCGUUCCACAAUGCAAAGUGCGAGACUGCGGAAGUGGCUCCUGCACGAAACCAAAUGUCUGUACCUGCCGGAAAGGAUAUGUCAACUUUAAUAACGAUCCAUCUAACAGAUGUAUUCCCUUUUGCAAGGGCUGCAGUCGAGGAACCUGUCAAUCUCCUAACCGCUGUGUCUGUUCCGACCGCCACCUGUUGGACAAAAAGACAAACAACUGCGUGCCCCAAUGUGACAGUGGUUGUCCAAAUGGAACUUGCAUAACGCCGAACAAUUGUAGGUGCAACCAAGGAUACAAGCUGAAUGCAACCACCCAGGUGUGUAUGCCAACAUGCAAGGAUAACUGCAAGGCAGCCAACGGCUUCUGUGCGGCUCCCAAUCGAUGCGAGUGCAAUCCAGGUUUCAUUGUCAAGCCGAAUUCCAAAUCAUUUGGAUGUCAGCCGGUCUGCAAAAAUGGCUGCAGCAACGGGGUUUGCCGGGCUCCCGACAAAUGUGAGUGCAACAAAUUCUACAAAAAGAACUUCGAUGGCAACUGCGUGCCAAUCUGCGAAGACGAAUGCGUUAAUGGAAACUGCACGGCACCGGACGUAUGUCAAUGUCUGCCGGGGUAUACGAAAAUCGGGCGAAAUGUUUGCCUGGCCGUUUGUCCCGGUGACUGCAAGAACGGAGAUUGCGUGGCUCCCAAUGAGUGCUCAUGCUACGCUGGAUACACAAAGCAGGAAGGUGUCUGCACUCCAGAUUGCAAGGAUAGAUGUGAGAACGGAUUCUGUGCUUCUCCUGAAAAGUGUUCUUGUAAUGAAGGAUACAGGAUGGAAACGAAUAACAGUUGUUCACCAAUCUGCUCUAAAGAAUGUGAGAACGGAUUCUGUUCUGCUCCAGAACAGUGUUCCUGUAACAAAGGAUACAGGAUGGAAACGAAUAACAGUUGUUCACCAAUCUGCUCAAAAGAAUGUGAAAACGGAUUCUGCGCUGCUCCAGAACAGUGUUCCUGUAAUAAAGGAUACAGGAUGGAAACGAAUAACAGUUGUUCACCACUCUGCUCAAAAGAAUGUGAGAACGGAUUCUGCGCUGCUCCAGAACAGUGUUCCUGUAAUAAAGGAUACAGGAUGGAAACGAAUAACAGUUGUUCACCAAUCUGCUCAAAAGAAUGUGAGAACGGAUUCUGCGCUGCUCCAGAACAGUGUUCCUGUAAUAAAGGAUACAGGAUGGAAACGAAUAACAGUUGUUCACCAAUCUGCUCAAAAGAAUGUGAAAACGGAUUCUGCGCUGCUCCAGAACAGUGUUCCUGUAAUAAAGGAUACAGGAUGGAAACGAAUAACAGUUGUUCACCAAUCUGCUCAAUAGAAUGUGGGAACGGAUACUGUUCUGCCCCAGAAGAGUGUUCCUGUAACAAAGGAUACAGGAUGGAAACGAAUAACAGUUGUUCACCAAUCUGCUCAAAAGAAUGUGAGAACGGAUUAUGCGUUGCUCCAGAACAGUGUUCCUGUAAUAAAGGAUACAGGAUGGAAACGAAUAACAGUUGUUCACCGAUCUGCUCUAAGGAAUGUGAGAACGGAUUCUGUUCUGCUCCAGAAGAGUGUUCCUGUAACAAAGGAUACAGGAUGGAAAGGAAUAACAGUUGUUCACCAAUCUGCUCAAAAGAAUGUGAGAACGGAUUAUGCGUUGCUCCAGAACAGUGUUCCUGUAAUAAAGGAUACAGGAUGGAAACGAAUAACAGUUGUUCACCGAUCUGCUCUAAAGAAUGUGAGAACGGAUUCUGUUCUGCUCCAGAAGAGUGUUCCUGUAACAAAGGAUACAGGAUGGAAACGAAUAACAGUUGUUCACCAAUCUGCUCAAAAGAAUGUGAAAACGGAUUCUGCGCUGCUCCAGAACAGUGUUCCUGUAAUAAAGGAUACAGGAUGGAAACGAAUAACAGUUGUUCACCAAUCUGCUCAAAAGAAUGUGAGAACGGAUUCUGUUCUGCUCCAGAAGAGUGUUCCUGUAACAAAGGAUACAGGAUGGAAACGAAUAACAGUUGUUCACCAAUCUGCUCAAAAGAAUGUGAAAACGGAUUCUGCGCUGCUCCAGAACAGUGUUCCUGUAAUAAAGGAUACAGGAUGGAAACGAAUAACAGUUGUUCACCAAUCUGCUCAAUAGAAUGUGGGAACGGAUACUGUUCUGCCCCAGAAACGUGUUCUUGUAAUAAAGGAUACAGGAUGGAAACGAAUAACAGUUGUUCACCGAUCUGCUCUAAAGAAUGUGAGAACGGAUUCUGUUCUGCUCCAGAAGAGUGUUCCUGUAACAAAGGAUACAGGAUGGAAAGGAAUAACAGUUGUUCACCAAUCUGCUCAAUAGAAUGUGAAAACGGAUUCUGUGUUGCCCCAGAAGACUGUGCUUGCUAUGAAGGAUACAGCAAGGAAACUGAAAACAGUUGUGCACCUAUUUGUAAGGAUGGGUGUGACAACGGGCUUUGCGUAUCUCCAAAUGUUUGCAAGUGUAAUGUCGGAUUUUUAUACCUGGCAGAAUAUAGAAGUUGUGGACUUGAGAAAAAUGUACUCAGCGUUGUAGAUUGUGAUCAGACCUGCCAAAAUGGAACCUGCAUUGAAGGAACAUGUACUUGUGGUGAAUAUUAUAAACUGCUCGAAGACAGCAACGGUCAAUUCUGUCUUCCGAUUUGCGAGCCCGAGUGCAUCAAUGGAUUUUGUGAAUCUCCGGGAUCUUGUGUUUGCUGGGAUGGAGAGAGUCCGAAAGAUGGAUAUUCUUGCCAAUCUGUGGAUUCUUUUGGUUCAUUAACGCGCCAGGAAAAGACUUUAAGACAAUUGAAGUGGUCAUUUAUAACGAUUGCUGGCAUGGCUUUGAUGUUGGCUAUAAUAACCGCAGUGGUGAUGAUGUAUAUCUUUAAAAAACGCUCUUAUGACGUGGACAAGAACGAGAGGGAGUUCGGUGUAUAUUUUUCUCCCAAAAAGGUUGAUAUUAUUAGAGCAUAAGCUUCAACGGCAAGCCAUUAAUUAAAUAAAGAAUAUAUGUAUACGUU